GCCAUUCAAAAGCCAAGGAGACUUAACGGCUGCUACCUAGAAAUAGGAUUGAGGCGACAUUAAUCAGCCGGCUUUGCACCUGGCUUUGCACUAGCGUGAUAAGCCCCACAUUACCGCUAGUCCAAAUCAGGUUAGCACAGCUGGGGAAAGUCAACCUCCCUCAACCGCGUGUCUGUUUUCCACCCCCAUCGCCAGAUCUCACGUCGUCCUUCCCUCCGGCAGUUUACGUCUCCGACUUCCAACUAUCAACCCAGCUGGCCACUACAUUCUGUUUCUCCAAUAUUUGACCAAAAAAAUCAUCAUAUUCAAUGCCCUCCCUGCUCCCUGAGCCGCACCGUGAGACCCCUCGCCUCCCUGCGUUGACGCGGUGAUAACUCUAUCCACGGUCGCCCCUCCUUCAAGAUUUCGACAAGUACCGUCAUAUCAGCGACGCGUGAUGGAUAAAGCCCCAUCUACGCCACGGCGACCAACCAGAGGCCGCCCUCGUGCCCACCUUCGCGACGCAACAUCACUUCGCGCCCCUAGACAGACAGCAGCCUCUUUGGCAGGAGCCUCCGAACCCCCUCCUAAGCGAAGAAGAUAUAUCGCAGGCGGCUCUGGUGGGGGCGGCAGAUAUGCUGCCCCAAAUGGAGGAGUGGAGACGCCAGCUAGUACGGCCGGACCAGCCACGGCGCCCCGGACGCGGGCAGCAGCUCCAAGCUUGACUACCCCAUCCAACCCCCAGAGAGAGCGAAGCGCGAGGAUCCGCACAGCUGUGAACCGGGACCCAUCCGACGAUGUCCCGCACACCUCCGCCGCAGCUGUCGCCGCAGCAGUGGUACAGAGCGAGGGCUACAAGCCCCGAGAAGAGCGAGGCUGGGAGGAGUUCCACCCGAACCUCGACAUCGAGGGAACUUUCAUGGUGUUCCACGCCGACGACGUUGACGGAACCGCAAAGACGACCCCGCCUACCCCUACCGUUCAAAAUUCGGAUACACCCAACAACGGUGCGAGCACUCCGUCUAAGGAGGGAGCCACAGUUGUGCCGGAUGCUUCAGAGACCCCAAUUGCAAAACAAAAGCCGGCCCUCGAAACCCCUUUUAUCUUGACGCCUAGAAGGCGGGUUGGAAGACCUCCAAGGGACCCGGUGGCCUUCUAUGGCUCCCAAAUAUCUUCUCUAGGGCUGACGCCAAAAACACCGAAGGUCCUCCCAAUCCACAAUCAGACUCCUAAGGAGAGGCUUGAUUUAAAGCUACCGUCUUAUCGAAAGACGGAUCGGAUCCUCUUGUUUGAGAGCAAGACUUUUGGCCAGGCGAGAUACGUGGACAAGUCGAUGAUGAACGUGGGCUAUCAAGAGAGUGACAACUUCAUCAGACCUGAACGCAAUCUCCUCAAGGCCACUGAUGUGAACGUGGACGAGGAUUUGGACCCGGGCGCGCUGUCGAAGGCUGACGGAAAUCCAACCCAGUCGUCCGCUGGUGGAGUUGGACGUGUCGAGUAUGACAUGGACGAGCAAGAUGAUAUGUGGUUGGAGAAGUUGAAUGCACAACGCAGGGCGGGGGACCUUGCUCCUAUAACACGCGAGAUAUUCGAGAUCACGAUCACCAAGAUUGAGAAGGAGUGGCACGCCUUGGAGAAGAGGAUACCGAAACCGAACCCGAAACCGCCCCAGACGCAUCGACCCCGGUCAAGCUCUGCUGCAGCCGUUAACGGCGAGCCGCAGGCAGGUGAGGAACAGGAUAGCAAAUGCGCCAUCUGCGAUGACGGCGACUGUGAGAACACAAACGCGAUAGUCUUCUGCGACGGCUGCGACCUUGCGGUUCAUCAGGAGUGCUAUGGCGUGCCCUUCAUCCCGGAAGGACAGUGGUUGUGUCGCAAGUGCCAGCUUAUUGGGCGUGGCGUGCCGACAUGCAUAUUCUGUCCGAAUACGGAUGGGGCGUUCAAGCAGACAAAUUCUUCGAAAUGGGCUCAUCUGCUGUGUGCCAUGUGGAUUCCCGAGGUGUCGCUCGGGAACCACACCUUCAUGGAGCCGGUGAUGGAAGUGGAGAAGGUUCCCAAGAAUCGGUGGAAGUUGACGUGCUACAUAUGCGACCAGCGCAUGGGUGCCUGCAUACAGUGCAGCAACAAGAACUGUUACCAGGCGUUCCAUGUCACCUGCGCAAGGCGAGGCCGUCUCUAUCUUAAGAUGAAGAACAGUCAAGGAGCACUUGCCGUCCUCGAUGGCUCCACGCUUCUCAAGGCCUUCUGCGACAAGCAUUGUCCUCAAGAUUAUGCCAAGGAGAACUCGGUGGCGCUGGCGACAAAGCAGGCAAAACGCUUCUACAAGCGCACCAUGAAGGGACGGAUUUGGGUGGACAACCAGGCCUCGGCCGCCCAGCUCGCCGCGGCCCACCGUCAUGCCAUCACCGAGCACCCUCCUGACGAAUCGCAGAUGACGGGUGUCAAGGUGUCUGCUGUCCUGGCAGACAAGAAAAAGGGACAGCCCGGCAAGCCUGUCUGGAAGCUGCCAUCGGGAGCCCCGGUCAUACCCCAAGCCGUCUACGACAUUGUCGAGGGCUCGCUCCAACGGUUCCUCAUUGCCAAACGCAAGGAUUUUGUCGGCGAGGCAUGCCGAUACUGGACCCUGAAGCGCGAGGCCCGCCGCGGCGCAGCGCUCCUCAAGAGGCUUCAACUACAAAUGGACACAUUCUCUUCCAUGGAGCUCACAAGGCGCAACUUUGCGGCAAUGGGUCCCUCUGGGAAAGCCCGGCUUACGAGGAGGAUCGAGUUCGCCAGGGGUCUGGUCGAGGACAUGGAGCGGCUCAAGUCGCUGUCCGAACAUAUCGUCCAGCGCGAAGCCAGCAAGCUCGAAGCUGCCGACAUGGAGCUAGACUUUGUGGACUCGUGCUACUUCCCGGUUUACAAGAUGCUCAUCCCGGUCAUUGAAAAGGCCUUCACGCUUGACAAGGACGUCUUUAAGGAAGGCCUCUCUAGAUUGCAAUCCAAGCUCGAAUGCCGCUACUAUACCACCACUCUAGCAUUUGCCCACGAUCUCUGCGAGGUCAUCCACGUGGGCAUCAACGCGCCGGUGAAGCCUGCGGCGGAUGAGGCUGGAAGCCAACCCAACGAUGUAGCUGCAACCCCUAGACAGAAUGCCAACCUGGUGACGAGGGAUCGGAAGCGACUGGGCAAGCGAAUCCUGAAAUUCGUCCAGCCGCAGCUAGAGGCAGCAUUGAAGGCCGAGGCCGACAUCAGCAACAAGCCUCUGGGCACGCUGGUGAAAGAGUUGGAGGGCAUGCUUGAAGCCAGUCUCGAGACGAGCCAGCGCACAAUCACCGUUGCCAACGAGGACGGCCACGACGUCACCAUGGCCGACGCCUCCGAGGAGGGUCAGAUCGUCGUCGCCGAUCAGGACGAUGCUGGCGCUAGGACGGCGGGGGACCCCGGUGCUGAAGGCGUGGCCGUUUCUGGGGUCACCCCCGACGCCAAUGCCGAGCUGGGUGAUAAGAUGGAUGUCGAUGGCGCCCCCGGCCAGGCCGAGGGCAGCGUCGACGUCGCCAUGUCGGAGGCGGAGGAAGCCGGGAACAGCGAGGUGCCCGCCUCGACGAGCGUUUCCGUUGCCGGGGACAAGCCAACAGACAAGAGGGCGGGCCGGACGAAGAACAACAGCUCGUCCCCCUCGCUCAACGGCUACGCGUCGACGGCGGCGGCUGUGGCGGCGCAGCAGCAGCAACAGCCGCACCAGGCGGCCGGCCCGCUGACGCCGCCGCAGUCAAACGGCAGCCUCGGGCACGGGGUCGCCGACGCGCUGAGCGACGGCGGUCUCCCGUGGUACCUCAAGGGGUUCGACCUGGUGGGCACCACGGCCACUGACGAGCAGUGGGCCGGCAGGGAGGCGGUCCGGAACCUGAGCGAGGAGCUCACCGACCUCGACGACGAGGCGCUGCGGGACCUGGAGUUUGACGUGGACGAGGAUAAUAAUAAUAAUACCAUCACCGCCUCGCCUGUCAACCCCGGCGCCAAGACAGAGGACGCACCGGCACCGCCGACACCGUCGCCGUCAAAGAAGAGAGCGGCCCCGGCCAAGCUCAGGAAGAGCUUGAGGUCUUCCACUAGGAGGAGAUAGGUACUCUUAGUUUUGUGAUUGGGUUGUACGGACGUAUGGGAUCGGGGUUUGAUUUUCCCUUUGCUGGCCUUUUUUCCUUCCUUCUUCUUCUCUCCUCCCUUUCCUUCCACUUUUUUCUUCCUUCUUUUCAUUUCUUUUUCCUUUCGGCUUGGGAAAGUGGGGACAACAGAUGGGGUGUUCUGCGUGCGUUUUUCUCUACUAUGCUUUACACACCCGUUAUCGCACACUGGCGGG